UUACAACAAAAAUUACAACGUUCGCAUGUUUCUUAUAAACAGCAGAAUAGGAAAUAGACCUUUUGGCGGCGGGGUUGUUUCAUACAGUAAUUUAACCUGGUAGCAUAUUAGCUAACUAGCUGAGCAGCAGACCGACGGCAGUAAGAUGAGUUUCCACAAAUACAACAGCAGCGGGAGCAACGACAAAUCUGUGUUUCUCACCCCAGUGGUCAAUAGCUGCAAGAUCAACUUCACAGCCUUGAAACCUAGAGUCAAACUGAGGGUCCAGAAGAUGACAGACUGUAAAGCUCUUUUUGUAAAAGAAAUAAACCUGAAUGUCACCCAAACACUGGGCCCUUCAAAACCAGAAAACAGAUCUCAUCGAUGCAACCACAGAAGGCUUGUUCCCAUGCACCAAUUUGCGCCUUCAUUUUCCAUCAACUCUACAGAUUCUGCUUGCUUUAAUUUUGUGACACGGCUGGGUGGACGUGCUGGACAAGUAGAUGCCACAGGAAAAUCAAAGGAACAAACACAGCGCGCCAGUUGCUAUAAUGGCAAUAAUAAUAAUAAUUUCAGUUUUCCCAAGUCAACAGGUGGUUCUGGAGGAUAUAAUUCAACCACAGUUCCUGGAUGUCCCAUCAGUUGUGACUUGGACAGGUGCAGUUUGGUUGAAUGCCCCCAGCUUAGCAGUGUGGAUGAACUACAACUUCUCAACCUCCAACACAAUCUCAUCACAAGAAUCCAGCAUCUGUCACACUUGGCUGGGCUUGUUUUUCUUAACUUGUAUGAUAACAACAUCUCUGAAAUGAGUGGCAUUGAAGAGCUCAGCUGUCUUCGAAUCCUUAUGUUAGGAAAGAACAGAAUCCAUAAAAUAUGUAGCCUGGAAAAGCUGUCCAAACUGAAUGUCCUGGAUUUGCAUGAUAAUCAGAUCUCUAGGAUAGAGAACAUGUGUCACCUGAGCGAGCUGCAAGUUUUGAACUUAGCAGGAAACCACAUCACCAUCGUGGGAAACCUACAGGGCCUCAACUCUUUGACUGAACUCAAUCUAUGUCAUAACUGCAUUUCUGUUGUGACGGAGGUGGGCUGUCUCCCCUGCUUGCAGCGCCUCUUUCUCAGCUGCAACAGCAUCACCAGUUUUGAUCAGUUAGCCUGCCUUGGAGAAUCAUGUUCUCUUUCUGAGCUCACUCUGGAUGGGAAUCCUGUAGCCCUGGAGACAUGGUACAAGCAGGCCAUCCUGCGCUGUGUGCUUCAUCUGAGACAGCUGGACAUGAAGCGAGUCACAGACGAGGAUCGGCGCAUAGCCGGCGUACAGGCUCGAAAAGAGGAGGAGAAGAAGAAGGAGAGUCACAAGCAGACUAUGCAUAAGAAACGGCGUCUCGCGAUUCGUAAUGCAGCACAGCAGUGGGAGGGCGUCAAGGCCUGCCUGGAUCUGCUACCAGCAAAAGAUUCCAAAGACGAAAUUAGUCCAGAAAACAGCCCGACCCACAGCCAGGCCCAGACCAACGGCCUUGCACAGGAACCUUCACCCGAUGAGCCCAGGCGGGUAAGCCCAGGUUCGGCACCAGAGAGACCAUUGGGGGGAAGCGAAAGCAGACUCCGCAGCAACAGCCGUCCAAACAGCCCACGAGAUCCCAAGCUUGUGGAGACAGGGAGCGGCAGUGUUCAGAGCUUGUCCCUGUCUGACAGUCACCUGGCAGAGCUAGAUGGAGACACCCUCCGUUUGUUUGGACUCGGAGCCUUGGAGGCCCUGGAGAGGGGCUGGGGAGUUCAGACCGCUGGUGCUGUCACUGUUAUAGCUUUCCGCUACAUCAGCUUUGACGCCAUUGUGCCAACACUGCCACGAAUAAGGGUCAAGUUUCCCAAUUUGUCGCACUUGAUCUUCUUGGAAACAAACAUCAGCCGUCUACCCCAGCUUGCAGCUCUUGCUCAGGUGAGGCGACUGGACCAGCUGACCAUCCACCCAGAGGGCAACCCAGUGGUCAGUUUAACACUGUGGCGCUCUUUUAUCAUCUACCGCCUCCAUCAUUUUAACCUGCAGAAGAUCAAUGGUCAGGAGGUGACUAUGAAUGAUGUGAUCGCUGCAGAGCGUGUGUUUGGGACAUUGGGCCAUAUAGCAGCCACUGAAACUCCACGUUGCCGCCUUCUCCUGUUGCUAGAGGAGUCCAGGAAACGUCAGCUGCAGUUUCUGUUGGAGGGGCGUGGCCGGCGGGCAGGAUUAAGUCCAGAGGAGCUGCGAGAAAACGGGAAGCUCGUUGGUGAAGGACUGAGCAGAGCGUUGUUCAACUACCCGAGCCGAGACUGCAGCGCAGAGAGCCCAGAGGAGAGCACAGUGGAGUCAUCAGAGCGGGCUUCCAUGACUGAGCAGUACCUGCAGGAGUUGGUCCAAAGGGCUUCAGACACCAAUCUGAAGGGCGAGGCGCUCCAUAAACUCUGGCCCUCCAUGUUUGCAGAGAUGGUGAGGGACUGUGUUCUGGAAAUGAAGGACCGAGCGGCCUUCCGCCAAGCCAGCCUUGCAAAGCUGUCUGAGACUAAAUGAAGAGGACCAAAGGUUCACUUUUAAAACACACAAACAUGUACCUGACCACCUCCGCCGCUCCGUUUAACCUGUAUUCAUACCAAAACACAUCACCACUUCCAUUAGUACCACAAACCUUUGGAAUGUGAAGGGUUUAUUUCCCCGAGUGUCUGGGAAGCACUCCCUUAAAGAUGAAUGCAAACUGUUUGUAAAGAUGUCGUGCAGAUGGCGGCAUCUUGACUGAAUGUACAUUUUCACUGACAACAUGCUGUGAUUCUUCAAUGCUCAGAACGGUCACAUACUUGAACGAUACAGAGACUCAUUUGUUGAUAGUGCAUUGCGUUCCUUACGGAGUAUACUCUGCACUUUAACAGCCUUCUGAAUGAUCCCUUUCACCAUUAACUGUCAUCAAUCUAAGAUGAUUAUUGUCUUUGUUCUCAUGCAGAAUGAUUUUUGUCUUAAAUCAUCUUUUGCCUCAUGUUUUCUCACUUUUUCAUGCCUGAUAUAGCAAGAAGGGAUGACUUCUUUGUUUACCACCAAUUUUCUGUACUUUACCUAGGAUUAAACAAUUUACACUCAG